AUGCCCUCAGACCACCUCUACACUCAGACGAGAGCUCUCUUUCUCUGUCGCCCUGCCGCAAUCAGGCUAUUUGCCUCGAAUAAUUCAAUUGGAAGCUGGCCUCGGCUGAGCGUCCUUUACCAUGGCCAGUCGCGCCCCUCCACAACCAAGACACCCUCUAUAGAAAUUGACCCUCUCGUUGAUGUCAACAGCCUUGCAAACACUGUCGAUGCCUACCGUGCAGCGAAUCGCGCUCCGGGACUCCUGCUACAAUAUGGUUCUAAAGGCAGCUCGUUGCCAACAAAUAAAGUGAACUGGAAUAAACCCAAGCAUGACCGCGCGAACCAAUUCCCCAGGGCUGCUUCCCGCAGCUUGCGCAACCAUUUGACUCCUGGCUCGACUAGAAAAGGUACGGUUGCAGAUACUACCACCCAAUGGGCGUUGGACAAGGAUGCCAUCAUUCCGUCCGCCUACCGACUCCCAUGGACUAGAAACUUUGGGAUGCCUCUGUCUGGCUCGCCCUGGCUCUCAGCUGAAGAGCAGUUGUCUAAAGAGAUCGAAGCGUUUGAGACAUAUGUUUCUCCUACUCAAGAAGAACAAAAUGCUGCGGAGCUCGCAUUUAGCGAUCUGAGACGUGUGAUCAAGGCUACCAACAAGCACAUGGAUGUCGACAUCAUUGGAUCGCGCUCCACUGGCACAGCAGAUCCCUUAUCCGACAUUGACGUCAAUGUUUCCCUACCUAUCACGCCAUCAUCGAUGAAAGCUCAGAUUCAACCUGAUCGUAUCCUACGCUCAAUAAGCUCGUCGAUUCGCACAUGGAGAACCAAUCAUCAAAAUCGAGAAUGCCCCAUAGAGACGGUCCUGUACGUGAAGAAAGCAGUGGUUCCGAUUUUGCUUUGCCGCCACAGUCAGACAGGGCUUCCAAUUCAGAUUCAAUCCACGCCUAGAACGUUCGAUAGCACCGAGUAUGUGCGAUCAUUUAUGAAAGAGUUUCCCACACUGAGGAGUUUGUUCAAGGUCAUGAGACAAGUAUUGCAUAUGCGGGAUCUUCAUAAUGGUCAGCACGGAGGGCUGACCUCAUAUCCACUCCUCAACAUGAUUGUUGCUUCUCUCAAGCUUUCCGAGGGCAAGUCCGCGCCUACUAACUCUGGAGCUCAUCUUCUUCAUUUCCUGGACCUGUAUUGCGAGAUCGAUUUUGCUACGAUGGGUAUAUCUACCCGACCCCUGGGCUUCUUCUCCAAAGAUAAAGACCGCCCCGCUGCAGCUGAAAAGGCAGCAGCGGUCAGUGGGCUCUAUACGACAGAAAUCCAAGGCCAACAGCACUUGAUCACCCGUGCCAAAACAUCUCCAUCAAUUCUGGUCUUUCAAGAUCCAGCCAACCCAACGAACAACCUUGGAAAGUCAGCCUGGAGGAUUCGCGAUGUGCAAGAAACCUUGGUCCGCCUGCGCCAUCAGUUGAAGUUGGCAAUGGAGGCCUGGGACAAAACACAAAUCCAAGAAAGAGAAGAGACGUCCAAUACCAAAGGCUCGGCGACUCCGACCAGAGGCCAGUCUGUCCUACGGGCGUUAUUAGAGGGUGACUAUCGUUUGUAUGAGUAUGACCGCAAUGAUAUAAGGAAGGCCGUCCAGGAUCUGAACCACUCCGCAACGUCCAAAAUCAAACAGGAAAUUUUGGGUGUGGAUGGUGAAAUAGAUGUUCCGCUUAGCUCCCUCGAUCAGGGAACAACAACAACUGCAGACGAAGCUGUUGCUGCAAUUGAUGACGUAGACUUAUUAAGGGAAGUCGUAUCGUCUCCAGACCAGGCGAGUCUUUUGGGCCAAAAGCCAGGGAACGGCCAGCUGACGGGUAAGACCAAUGACGCUAUGCGACAAGGAUGA